GCUGAAAGUACAACCAGGAAGGAAAGUGAAACCGGGUGCAGCCCCCAGUAUAAGACCCCCCUACCCAGGAGAUGGCCGCACAAGGAGGCUGGGCCCUGACAUGGGCCAGACAGCGGGCGACCUUGGUUGGCGGCUCAGCCUGCUGCUUCGCUCCUUGCUCCUGGUGCAAACCAGUGUCUGGGGAUUCCCAAGGUCCCCAGGGAGGCCCACCCUGAGUGUGCAGGAGCUGCAUGUGGAGUUCACCGUCAGCCUGCAUCUUGCCAGGAAGCUGCUUGUGGAGGUUCAGGGCCAGGCCCGCCACUUUGCUGAAUCACACCUGCCGGGAGUGCGCCUGGACCUCCUGCCCCCACAACAGCAGCUCCCCGACGCGUCCCUGACCUUCCAGGCCUGGCGCCGGCUCUCUGACCCAGAGCGACUGUGCUUCCUCUCCAUGGCUCUUCAGCCCUUCCAUGCCCUGCUGAGGAGGCUGGGGAGUCAGGGGGCCUGGACCAGCUCGGAGAGGAUGCGGCUGUGGGCAGUGAGGCUCGAUCUCCGAGACCUGCAGCGGCAUCUGCGCUUCCAGGGGCUGUCUGCAGGAUUCAACCUCCCCGAGGAGGAAGAGGACGAGGAGCAAGCGACAGGGCUGCUGCCAGGGGUGCAGGGGUCCUGGCCCCAGCUGCUCUACACCUACCAGCUGCUGCACUCCCUGGAGCUGCUCUUAUCCCGGGCCGUGCGGGACUUACUGCUGCUGUCCAGGGCUGGGCACCCAGGUCUGGCUCUCAGUCCUGAUGGGGUGACCUUCUAGCCCCCUUCCCUGACCCUUUAGGACUUCAGGAUUGGAGUCCUGGCCAAGAGGACAACCUCCACCCAUUUGCCUGAGACCAGGCGAAAGUUCUAUCAGCCCCAACCCCAGCCCCUACCCAGUAAUUUAAAGCCCCUCCAGUCCACGCCAGAUAUUUAUUUCUUGGAUAUUUAUUUAUUGUUUAGGAGAUGAUUUAUUUAUUGUUCAUCCUCAGGCUGGGCCACGGUCCUGGGUGCCUAAUAAAGCCUCCUCACCCUC